GGAUCUUUGCGCACGAGCAGUUCCAUUCCGUUCACCCCACCACCCCGCUCCCUCGCCUCCUCUUCCCAUGGCAUUGUGACCGUGCCAGGUGGCCGCGCACGCACGCUCCCCAGGCAGCUGCGCUUCUGACAACCUCUGCCUCCGCGCGUGCGUCCCGGUUUCUCCCCGUGCCGUGCCGUGCGGAUUUGCCGAUCCCUCUCCGGCGAGGGAGGCUCUGCGGGUGGUUGGUAAAGGAGAGGAGGAAGGCUUCCGCUGCCGCUAGCGCUAGGUGGCUAGCUCACGGGUUCUAGCCCGCGACCUCGGCUUUUUUACUCACAAGGAAAGUGCUGCCCCAAUGGCGACACCCCUUGCUUCUCCUCCUCCUCCUCACCCUCCGCACUAGCAGCAGCAGUCGCAGCUCCACUCGUCUCCCACCUGACCACCUCGCGGGCGAGAGCUCGUGCCGUGGUUGCGGUGGUGGUUGUCCAUGAGCAUGGGGCACUUCGCCAACUCGAUGGAUCCGAGGUCGGGUCUGGGGGUGGUCAAGGACUGGAACGGGGUUGCCCAGGUCGUGCUCCGCUCGCCCAAGGGAGCCUCCGCGCGGGUGAGCCUGCACGGCGGGCAGGUCGUCUCCUGGAGGAACGACCGCGGCGAGGAGCUCCUCUUCACCAGCAGCAAGGCAAUCUUGAAGCCGCCAAAUGCAAUGCGUGGUGGAAUUCAGAUGUGCUUCCCACAGUUUGGAAUCUCUGGGACAUUGGAGCGACAUGGAUUUGCAAGGAACAGGAUAUGGAUCCUAGAUGAUGACCACCCACCAAUUAAUCAUAAUGAUAACGGCAGCAAAGCUUCUGUUGACCUUCUACUAAAGCCAUCUGAAGACGACCUCAAGUACUGGCCACAUUGUUUUGAAUUCCGUCAGAGGGUCUCUCUUUCAAAGGAUGGGGAUCUGUCAUUAGUAUCACGCAUAAGAAAUGUCAAUGGCAAGCCAUUCAAUUUUUCAUUUGCUUAUCACACAUACCUUUCUGUUUCUGACAUCAGUGAGGUGAGGAUAGAAGGUCUGGAGACCCUUGAUUAUCUCGACAAUCUUAGCCACAGAGAACGAUUUACAGAACAAGGAGAUGCCAUAACAUUUGAGUCAGAGGUUGACCGGGUCUAUGUUAGCUCCCCAAAUGUAAUAGCAGUUCUUGACCAUGAGAAGAAACACUCAUUUGUCAUAAGAAAGGAAGGACUACCUGAUGUUGUUGUGUGGAAUCCAUGGGAAAAGAAAUCAAAGACUAUGGUGGACUUCGGUGAUGAGGAAUACAAGCAGAUGCUUUGUGUCGAUGCGGCCGCCGUGGAGAGAACAAUCACACUAAAACCAAGGGAGGAGUGGACAGGGAAGCUGGAGCUUUCUGCGGUUUCAUCGACCAACUGCUGCGAUCAUCUUGAUCACCCCGUUAGCAUCUAGCAUGUAGUGUGGAAGUUCACAUAUUGCAAUGCUAUAUAGUCGCCUCAUAAGAAAAGUAUGAACCCCUUUUGUACAUGAGAACAGUAGGUUCCUCUAUGGCCAGUCAGCAGCUCGACUUAGUUCCAGAAUGCAAUGCUGUUGUGACCUAGUUCCUGGAUUCUCAAUAAUGAUGGCAGUGCGGUGUUUCAUGCAUAUUUCACACAAA